AAGUUUAUAAAACAAAUGGAAAAACAUCGACUAACAAUUUAUAUUGAAUUAUUAAAUGAAAAAGCCAACUCUUAUAAUAAGUUUGCUUUAUGUAAAUCAUACUGUGAAAAUUUUUUUGCAAUUUAUGGAGAAGAAGCAGAACAAGAUAUUCUUGAUAAUACUGAUAUAGAAGACGAAAAUUUAGAUUCAAAUAAUAUCGAUAUAGCAACAACAGAUGAUGAUAAUGACAAUUCAUCUAUAAUUACUAUGAAUUUAGCUAAUUUGUCAAUGGGUCCUUUAGAUCAAUAUGCACCUAAAAAAGUUUUAUCAAUAGCACAAAUUCGUGGAGUAAUCAACCAAGCUCAUCGAAACUAUGAACUUGAAAUUAUAAAAAAGAUAUAUUACUCUAAUUUAGUACAAAGUUAUGAACAAGACGAUAAAGAUAAAUCAAAUAAUAUAGAAAAUGAAGACACAACAGAUUCUGAAGAAUCAGAAGACAAAGUAUCAAGUAAUAACAGAAGUAAAAAUUGGAUGUAUACAUUAAAUUUAUGGAAUCGUAUGUUAGAAUUGGAAGAUAAGGCUUUUUAUGAAGCUCAAUUAGAUGAUGAAGCAUUAAUUGAUAGUUAUUUUGAUGAGAAGUCAGUAUUUGAUUAUCUUGAAAGUCAAAUACAUCCACAACAUGAUAAAAAUGCAAAGUGGAAAUUAGAUAGUUUAUUUGUUGCAGAUUUGGGGCCGCCAACUUAUAUAGAGCAACUUUAG